AUGGAUGCUGCAAAACUUCGCUCUGUUCGCUCCCCAUUCAAGCUGACCUGGCGUGUGAGGAUGAACAACAACCGGCAGAUCACUCCUGUGCGCCCUGUCUUGAUCCACAUGACUGAGCCGUCUGUCCAGCCAGGAGUUUUCCGAGCGCUCUGA